CAAGAUUUUUGUUUAGAAACGAUUUGUAAAAAUCCUUUAUUGGUGUUCAAAUCUGAAGAUUUUUCAACAUUUGAGGAAUCAUUAUUAUUACCAUUAUUAUCUAGAGAUGAUUUACAAACCGAAGAAAUUGAAAUUUGGGAUCAUUUAAUUCAAUGGGGUAUUGCUCAAAUGAAUUUUUCAUCAUCUGGUGAAUAUGAUGAUUGUUCUCUUGUUCCAGCUGUAAAUGUUUCUAAAUGGGAGAAAAAGGAUUUUAAAGAAUUACAAAGAAUUCUAAAAAAUUGCAUACCUUUAAUAAGAUUUUUUGAAAUUUCUUCAACUGAUUUUUAUGAUAAAGUUUGGCCUUAUAAUUCAAUUUUACCAAAAGAUUUAAGAGAAGAUAUAAUUAAAUUUCAUUUUAAACCAAGUAGUAGACCUAUUAGUCCAUUGCAUAAACCAAGAUUGAUUCCAUUUGAUUCAACAUUAAUAAAACAAGAACAUGUAGCAAGAUUGUGUGAUUGGAUAGAUAGAAAAGAUGGUAAACCUUAUAAAUUUGAAGAUAUUCCAUAUAAAUUUAAAUUAUUAGUUAGAGGUAGUAAAGAUGGGUUUGAAUCCGAAAUUUUUCAUGAAAAAUGUGAUCAUAAAGGUCCAACUAUUGUUGUAAUGCAAAUAGCUUAUUCGGGUGAAUUAGUUGGUGGUUAUAAUCCUAUUGAAUGGACGACUGGGGAUUCUCGUAUUACAACUCAAAAUAGUUUUCUAUUUAGUUUUCCUAAACAAGGUAAUAUCGCGGACGCUAAAUUAUCAAGAGUAAGUAGACCUGGUUAUGCUAUACGUGUAAAAGAUAAAUCUCAUGGCCCUUGUUUUGGUGACAAAGAUUUAUGGAUGAAACAAAAUUUUAAUGCUUAUGAUAGUUGUUCUUCCGAUAAAGAUGAUUAUCAAGAGAGAGUUACUACUUUAUCUAAAUUUUGGGUAUUAGAAUAUGAAGUAUUUCAAGUAGUUAAAAAGUGAAUAGGGGUAAAAGGAGGGAACUAAAAUAGGGGAAACAGGGGUGAAUAACUCCCGAUUUUUAUACUAUUCUACGAAUAAUCCAUAAAUGAACAAUUUCAACUAUUCAACACUUUUUUUGC